AUGGCAACCUCGCUCUCUGACCUUACUUCCACUCUCAAGUCCGCACUGGCAAACCUCCCGACCCCAGGAAACAUUAAAGAUGAGGACCGUAUGCAGCUUCUCGGGGUGAUAGGCCAGCUUCAAGCUGCCCUGGAGACACCGGUCCAUGCUAUCCAAAAGCACUGUUUUGCGCAUUAUGGAAUUGCCGGGAUCAGGGUUGCCCAGGGCAUGGGAAUCUUUGAUGCGUUCGUCACAUCCAACGGGGCCGAGAUGACCCUGGCAGAACUUUCGUCAAAAACGAAAGGGGACGUGGAGCUUCUCAAACGUAUCAUGCGGUUCCUUUGCUCCCAUGAUAUCUGCAAGGAAACCAACACCGAAACAUACCGGCCUUCACAGACAGCCAUGCUGUUCGGAACUGGAUCGGUGCCUGGUGAUAUGAUUAAGCAUUUUCACACAAAUAUGCAAAUAACUUCGAAACUCUUUGACUACUUCGAAGAAAGGGACUACAAGAACCCCUCAGAUGCUUAUGACGCACCCUUUCAACUGGCCUAUCAAACGAACGAGCAUUACUUCGACUGGCUAAGCAAGAGACCUGCGAUACAGAGCGUGUUUAACUCAGUAAUGACUGAGAGCAAGCGGCACUGUGGUGUUGAGUGGUUUGAGAUUUAUCCAGUCCUGGAUAAGCUCCAGGUAACUCCGGAGCGAGUUGCUUUGGUCGACAUCGGUGGUGGUGUUGGACAUGAUAUCACCGCACUCAAGGCACGGUUCCCACAACUGCCGGGAAAGUAUAUCCUCGAGGACCUCCCGCAAGUCAUUGACGACAUCAAAGAGCCGCUGCCCGAAGGGAUCAGUGCUGUCAAAUGCAACAUGUUCGAGGGACAGCCAAUCCAAGGUGCCAAGGCUUACUACAUGCGCACGGUACUGCAUGACUGGCCGGACAAGGCGGCACUGGAAGCGCUGCGUCACAUCCGGACGGCGAUGGCCAGCGACUCAAUACUCCUCAUCAACGAGCAUGUAAUGCCCGAAGGUGCCAAUGUUCCCGCUAUAUCCGCCACUCUCGAUCUCCAUAUGAUGGAGGUCUUUUCUGCCCUGGAGCGAACGGAGGAGCAGUGGAUUGAUCUGCUCGAGAAGGCGGACUUCAAAGUCACUCAAGUUUGGAAGUCUGACGGGGACGUUCAGACUGCGGUGUUCGAGGCUACUUUGGCCUAA